CACUGGAUGUAUAAUAUGUCUGCGUGCAUUGAUGUAUUGGGCACAUUCCUAUAAUUAUAACCACACAACGAUACCUGAACUGUACCACUGGAUAUAUAACGUGUACUAUAAGAGAGCCUGUAGUGCUCUAUCCAGCUGUGUGCAUUGAUGUAUUGGUGCACUUGAGUGGAUUUGAUACUGACUCAAAUUCCACAGGCUGUUUGCUCGUUGCUAGGGUUAGACACGAGGAAGAGAGAGGGGGGAGGAAGUGAGAAGAUAGAGAGGAGAGAGAGAGAGGGGGGGAGAGAAAGG